AUGUUCUCCGUCGCCGCGGCUGCUCUUGUUUGUUGGACCGUGUUCUGGGCCCAGAGCUGCGUCUGUGAGGACGAUGAGGUUCUGGAGAAAACCCAGCUCGAAGACUUUUACAGAAAGGGCCUUUUCAUCCUGGAGAGUCUGCCUCUGAAGCGUUGCGUCUCGGUGGGCCGCUCCGGCCCGGUUCUGGAGGACUGCGGGCGCCCCACGAGCCGCAUGCUGUGGAAAUGGGUCUCCAGGCGCCGCCUCUUUAAUUUGGGCGCCAGCGCCUGCCUGGGCCUCAACGUCUCGGACCCGACGCGACCUCUGAGCAUGUUCGAGUGCGACGUGACCUCGCCCAUGCUGUGGUGGCGUUGCCAUGGUAACAUGAUGUACGGAGCGUCCGAGUGGAAGGUGACGGUGGCCGGGCGUUCGGUGGUGGUGAAGAAGAACAUUUACCACGAGUGGAAAAGACACGACACGCCGAGAGAAGGUCCCUGUUCCCACCCGUAUGAAGAAAUUCACACGUUAUUUGGAAACGCACAAGGAUACCCGUGCGUUUUCCCCUUUAACUACAACAACAAGUGGUACUCUGAGUGCACGACGGAGGGCCGGGAGGACCACCUCCACUGGUGCUCCACCACCGAUCGCUACGAUGGGGCUGAACGAUGGGGCUUCUGUCCGGUGGAAGCCUCGGGUUGUGAUCACUUCUGGAAGUCGAACCAGGAGCUGCAGGCGUGCUACCAGUUCAACCUGUACACCAUCCUCACCUGGACCCAGGCGCAGUCCACCUGCCAGGCUCAGGGUGGGAACCUGCUGAGCGUCACCGGCCUGGCAGAGCACAGGUACAUCAGAGAUCGGCUGGCGAGGGUCGGAGCGAUGGUGUGGAUCGGGCUGAACCACCUGAAGGACGGACACGGGUGGCAGUGGUCGGACGGAGCGCCUUUAUCUCUGGUGACCUUCAGCACAGCUCUAGCUUCCAGCCCGCUGGAGAACGACCGACAGUGCGGUGUUUACAACUCGGCCUUCGGCGGCCAGUGGCAGAGUCUGUCCUGCGAGGCGGCGCUGCCGUACAUCUGCAAGAAGACGCCGAACAUCAGCGUCAGAGCCGAGCCGAUAGAGAACUGGCAGUACGUCAGCACGGACUGCGCCGACGGUUGGUGGCCUCACAACGGGUUCUGCUACCGGGUUCUGCCGGAAACUGAAGCAGGAAGCUGGGAGGAAUCGUCCCGGGCCUGCGACUCUCGGAGGGCUAACCUCAACAGCGUCCACUUCCUGUCAGAGGUGGAGAUGCUGCUCGGCCUUCUGGGUAACUAUUCUGGGUCGGAGUUCUGGAUCGGUCUGUGGAAACCAGCAUCAUCAGCAGCUGUAGAGUGGUCCGACGGCUCACCCGUCACCCUCACCGUGUGGCACCAGUACCACCCUGUUCACAACCUGACGGACCAGAACCUCUGUACCAAAGUGGACCCGAAGAAAGGAAACUGGCUUCUGGCCUCAUGCGAGGAGCGACACCCGGCCGUGUGCAGAAGAGAAAGUCAGAGGCCCGUUCAGCCUCAAACCUGGGAUGAAGGAUGUCCUGCGGGCUGGAAGCGACACGGCCACUCCUGCUACGCUCUGACGGGUCAUGAACAGAACUACGAAGACGCGCUGAUGGGAUAUUACUGCAAAGCUCCUCUUCUCACCGUGGAAAACAGGUUCGAGCAGGCCUUUGUGAACAGUUUGCUGAGUGCGAGCGGCGCCAACAGCAGCGUGUUCUACUGGAUCGGACUCAUGGACCGGGGGAGGAAGGGGGAGUACAGCUGGCUUCCUCACAACAACUCCUCCCUGCCUCUCAGCUUCACCAACUGGAACAAACAUGAGCCCGUCAGUGCUGGGGGAUGUGUUGCCAUGUCGGGUGGACCUGCUUUGGGUCAGUGGGAGGUGAAGGACUGCCGGUCCUAUAAAGCCCUGUCGGUGUGUAAACAGAGCAUCAGCAGCUACCACGACGCCGAGCUGCCGGAGCACCACGUUGAUGCUUUCGCCCCCUGUCCUCCGGGCUGGGAAUCACACGCUGGACUGCUCCACUGCUUCAAGGUGUUCCAUGAUGAGAAGAUCCUGAUGAAGCGCUCCUGGGUGGAAGCAGACUUCUUCUGCCAGGCCCUCGGGGCCCAGCUGGCCAGUUUCCAGCACUAUGAGGAGCAGAUGUUUGUCAAACACCUCCUCAGCACCAUGUUUGAAGGAACAGCGGGCCGCUGGUUCUGGGUGGGCUUGAAUAAGAGAGACCCCGAACACCUCGGGUCCUGGGAGUGGUCCGAUGGUUCUCCGGUGGUGACGUCCUUCAUCGAGGACAAGAACGAGGACGACGAGCACCGGGCCUGCGCCGUGUACGGCGACCUGACCAACGCUCUGAUGCCGCGGCAGUGUGACACCAAACACGAGUGGAUCUGCAAACUGUCCCGAGGAGACGAACUGAUCAAACCCUACUGGUACGCUGAGCAGAGCGAGCCCUGGGUGUUUUACCGCGGAGCCGAGUACCGGCUGGCCAAGCAGCUGUUCAACUGGCACUCCGUGUCUCUCGGCUGUCAGAUGAUGGGAGGACACCUGCUGUCCCUUCACUCCACGGAGGAGCUGCACUUCAUCAAGGAGCGCCUGCGACGGUUCUCUCUGGGGCCGACCGACUGGUGGAUCGGACUUUCCUUCGGCCAACCGGGAGACGAGCUCAGGUGGAGUGACAAAACUGUGGUGGACUUCAUGAACUGGGCCGACGGAGGAGUUCAGAGGGAGGCUGGGAUGUGCGUCACCAUGUCGUCUUCAACAGGGAAGUGGUCGACCCGUAAAUGCAGUGAACUCCACGGAUACGUGUGCAGGAGGAACACGGUGUCUGUGGUGGAGACGGCCCAGGAGCCACAUUACAUCGGAGAAUGUCCGGAGAAAUGGCUCUACUUCGGACACAAGUGUCUCCUGCUUCACCUCCCUGGCACUCCAACGGAGGGGAAAAGCUGGAAAGACGCUCAGUCGAUCUGCUCCUCGUUCCAAGGCUCGCUGGUUUCCGUGGAGGACGAGAUCGAACAAGCCUACAUCACCAUGCUGCUCCAGGGCAGCUUGGUGGGGGUGUGGAUAGGUCUGCGUGACGAGGACACCAUGAAGUGGGCCAACGGGAAACCGGUCAGCUACACCAACUGGUCUCCAAUGGAACCAAAGAGCCCCAUCACUCACGAUGAGUGGCUCACUGAUGAACCUCUUUGCACCGUUCUGUCCAACAACCAGUACAUCCAUGUGACGGGGAAGUGGUACUACGAUAUUUGCAGCGAGAGCGAGUACGGCUUCGUUUGUCAGAAACCUCAAGACACGUCCAAACCCCCCACCCACACCUACCAGUACCCUCUGCCUGACAACAUUGAGUACAAGAGCCACAACUACAAGGUUGUGUCUGGCAACAUGAGCUGGUACGACGCCUUGCACAGGUGCAUACAGCACAACUUGGACCUCGUGAGCAUCACAGAUGUGUACCACCAGGCUUUCCUCACCGUCCUUGUCAACAGAUUGGAUUUACCGCUCUGGAUUGGGCUGUAUAGUCAAAACAGUGGCAUCAGUUAUCAGUGGUCAGAUGGCACCGACAUGUUGUACAUGCACUGGGACGUGGAUGACGAUGACGACGACUUUGUGACAGGGGAGUGUGUGUACAUGGACGUGAAUGGAGACUGGCGGAGAGCCGACUGUGAAACUCCGCUGUCGGGAGCUCUGUGUCACGUCCCUCCGUCAAACCGUAAACCUUUUGUCCACUGUCCGUCCACGUGGGUGAAAUUCGAACGUGGAUGUUACAACUUUGAACCUGUGGUUGAAAAACUGACCUUUGAGGAGUCGAGGCAGCACUGUAAACAUAAAGUCAACACUUCGGACGUCCUGACCAUCAAGAACGAGACGGAGAAUCUUUUUGUUCUGGAGCAUCUGUGGUCGUUGGGGUUACUUCACCACACUGUUUGGUUGGGGAUGUACUUCGACACAGACACUGAUUCCAUGGCCUGGGUCGAUGGUUCACCAAUGGACUACACCAACUGGGCCAACGAAAAACCGGACACCAAACAACUGACCGCAGACGCUUGUGUUACUACCAGAGGGGACGAUGAUGUGUGGCACCUAUCAACGUGCACGGAGCGGCUCGGCUUUAUCUGCAAAAUUCUCCCAGAUGUAAUCACUGAGGUGGAUGUGGAGCCGCUAAACGGUUCUCAUCGCAGCAUCGUUCCUGCUGCCGCGGUGGUGGCCGUCAUAAUCUUUGCCCUGCUGGCAGUGGCGGUCUGGUUUCUGUUCAGGAGGAACUCGGCUCAUUUCCGGGGCCUCCCUACGCCCGGGGGUGCUUAUUACAGACAAACGGACUCUCAGGGUACAGAGUCGGAUGGGAACGUGCUGAUCACAGACCUGGAGGCUCACUCAGGAGAAUAACACCAAAGGCUUUUUUACUGUUCACGUCUGAUUCUCUGAAUGUGUCUUGGUUUCACCAUCAGGUACAAAUGCGUGGGGGCGCCAGCUGCUUAGGAUGGUGCUGAGGUCAUCACAGGCAACAUGAACUGUAGUUUUGAUUUAUUCAAAACGCUCUAAUGCGAUAAAAGCUGCUGCCUCUGAAACAAAUAAAAAUAAAAAGGUCACUUAAAUAAAAUUGAAGAACUAACGAGCUUUACAUCUAAAAGCAUAAAGUUUAA